AUGUUUUCCCCCAAGGCUGCGAAGUGGCAGUUCAUCAUUGUGGACAAGACCACCAUCACUCACCGGGAGGUGGAAUCAGACCACAACUAUGACAUCAUUGUGGAGUUCCUUGCGGGAUUUGCACAUGACAUCCCGACUGCUGCUGAUAUGAAGGAUGCCUUGGCCUGGUGCAGCGAGCACUAUCAGUUGAACCCCUACAGACACAAGCGCAUGGACAUGAUCAGGGCUGUCAUCCAGGCUAAGCUGAAGGAAGAAGGGAUGCUUUCACCUGAGGGCAAGAAGAUCCCGACCCGAGGUAUUGGAGCUUCCAGGAUCAAGCAGCAACAGGCUGCCACUCAUGCCAUGUCGUGGAUCGACACGAUCGACACCCAGCCAGGAGAUUCUCAAGGAUGGCCAUCCCCAUCACCCAUUCGUAACAUGCCAUCCCUGGAAAGCCCCAAUGUGCCAACUGCAGCUACUGAUCAAGUUCAAGAAGAUGAUGAUGACGAAGAAACAGCUGAGGAGGAACCCCCUACUUCUGAUGAUGAGGUUGAAUGUUUGCCGGUGACUGUGCAUGAUGGUUCAACCAUUGAAAUCUACGAUGAUGACUGUACUAUGGAAAAACCAAAGGAAACUGUCCAGGAAAAAUGCAAGGAAUCUGAGGAUCUGGCUGCGCAUUCCAAAGUCGAUGUGCAAGGUUCUGCACGUCCUGCUCCGGAUUCCAUCCGUGGGCAUGCAGGUGCAACCACGGGACAUGUUCCAGGUAGUCGUCCAGAUGGAAUUCCCGAUGAGGAAAAGAUUGCUGAGACAGUUCAAGAAGUUUUGGACUCUGAUGGUGAGGAAAAAGAAGACCAUAUCGACAAGAGUACCAAAGGAGUUUUCAAGGACCGAAAGCCUUUGAAAGAAGAGAUCAAUAUUCCUCAAAGUCUACAUGAGCAAGCGGAUGUCCAAAUGAAGUCUCUCUUGGGCACGACCGGGGAAGCCACAACAGAAGAGCAUAUGGUUGAAAUGGUCAAGGCGUCUACUCAUUGA